UUAAAAAUUAAAAUUUUAAUUUUAAUUUAAAAUUGUUGAACAUAAAAAGCGCAAUCCUAUUCAGAACAGUGCUUUCCAGAUAAUAUUGACUUCUAUUAACGAACACUUAAAUAACGAAGCCUGUACGCUUUCAAUCAAGAAACUCAACCAGCUUUUCUCAGCAAUUUCUUCAGUUUCCGUAAAAAAAAACUAUUUUUGUAGGUGUAUAAGGAGCACAUUCCUUGAAUACGUCGUGGGCUUCCUGUCAUUUGAACUGCACCUUCUCCUUAGCUAUAUUUAGAUGCCCGUUAUAAGCAGAACAAUACUUCAACGCUUACAUAAGAAGUGUUAAUGUUGCCACAUCUUCCAACCUAACCGUCGCGAUCUACCCUACAAAAAGACUAUAGCUUCCAAAUCGUUCAGUCUCGGCUAUAGCCUGUGGUACACAUACAUAUUGUAAUUUAUGACAACACAAAAUACGUACAUUUCAGAAGAGCACGUCAAAGUUUUUAGAGUUUCGCACACGGUUUUGCCACAUUUAUUGUUAUAUGAUAUAUGCCGAUUUGUUAAUCAAAAUUUAAAUUUGCGUUUUAUUUAGAGUCAACAAUCAAUGAUUCGUCGUUAGACCCUCUCUUACCCCUACUGAAUGAUGAUUUUAAUUUUUGCGAUGUAGCUCAAUUCGUCCCCGAGUCAAUAACACAAACAACAACUUUGUCAAAACCUGAGAUGAAGAACCCAGAAACAGAAUGUUUAAAUUUCCAGGUUCAUAACUUGUCUACGUUUUGUGAUAAACUUAUAAAAACACCUGAGCUCUGGGCUCCACUCGAAAAUAUUUCAAUACCCACAUCGCCAAGCUGUAUGUUGGGGAACACAUACGACUUCCAAAUGCAAAAUGAUCCUCUUAAGUCAAUUACAGAAAAUCCUAUAUUCAGCGACGCUACACCCACACUAAAUUUGGAUGAAAUAUUAGAACUUUUUGAUGAAUGCAAUGAACUUCCAUCAUCGCUACUCAAUAACUCAAGUUCGCCCAACCAGAGCGAAUUGGAUAAAAGUCAGCUUGAUUUAACAGCGACUCUAAUGAAUUUCUUUCAAAAGGAGGACAUUAUCCCUGUUUUCAAUGAAACAGCGCAAAAUGCAACAGGUGAUCUUUAUUUCAUUUAAAGAUCUAGAAAACAAAAAAAACCAUUGUCUGCUCAGCUUUAUGAGCUAUAUGGUAUACCGUUAAACGAACAACCUGCAAUGUUGUUAAAUAACUUCUUCUUUAAAUUCGUUGAAUAUUACAAGAUAUAUUUAGUUAUACCCUGGACAAGGUUUAUUAAGUUUGUAAUAUCCAGAAAGAAGCCGGAGACCUUAUGAAGUCAUAUGUAUAAAUAAUAAGGGUAAUGACCUGAGUGGAUGUAACCAUGUUCGUUUGUAUGCAGGUGCGGAAAAAUUUUAAACAUGUGCUUUUUCCCCAUAUCCCGCUUAAAUAUCGGACCCCCGACAUUAGACCAUCAUAGCAUAUGUCUGAUAUGUAAACUGAACGAUCAAAACCACGUCCUUAUAAAGAAACCUUCUUAUUUGACAAGAUAUCUUCCCGAGAUUUGGUAUGUGUUAUUGUUCAAAGACGCAGAAUAAUUUUCGAAGAAACUUCAAAUCGGACCGAUUGUAGAUUUUAUACAGCAAUGGUCACGCAAAUAGCACAUUUAAGCAUAAGAAGCAUUAAGAUCUACUACAAUUGACAAAUAUCUUUAAAAAAGCAAAAAGAGCUUAAAAUAUGACUACUUUCCAUUUAUGCAACAAAUAGCAAAUAGAAUUUCACGAAUAAAUAGUAUUAAUUGAAAAAUCCCUUUAAAAUGGCUAGGUCACCCUAAUAGCACAUUUUUUAAAAAGGGAAGAUUUGUAUGCAAUUAUAAGGAGUGAUUUUUUAUUACUAAUUAUGGUUUUCUAUUUUAAAGUUAUUUAAUUCGAUUAGCAGCUGUAUAAAGCUGCCACACAAACUGACCGACCAAAUCAAGUCCUUUUGAAGGUGCACACAAAAUCAGUUUUUUUUUUGUUAAUAUUGACUAAGGUAAAAUUUGAAGGUGCACACAAAAUCAGUUUUUUUUUUUUUUUGUUAAUAUUGACUAAGGUAAAAUUUCACCUUUACUUACCGUUUUAAUUUACUAAAAAUUGCGCAUACGUUUUUAAAUAUAUGAGUAUAUAGUUUACUUUACAAACGCGGCGUUUGAAGUUAUUAAUGGUAAUAUGACCAAGCAAUCUUUUGACUUCAGAGGGCGACAAACAUCACUUUUUAGACCGAUUUCUCAAUCAUAAGUAUAUAAGUGGCUUGCUGCCAUUGAAUGUGAAAAAAAAUCAAAAUGUAUUGAAUAAGAUAAUAACAAUUCACCGUCGAUAAUUCCCCUGUGAUUAUUGCCUAAUGUACAGGGUGUCCCAAAUUUAUCGCAAGUAUAAGUUUGCAGCCAUUUCCACCGUUGAUGAAGUUAAAA